AAUAUUUGACAGCUGGGGGAGAAGGCAUAUCAGCAUCAGGUGACACAAGGAAUCCGCUGAGGUCGGCGUUGAAAUCUAUGAUGCGGUCGUGUCCUCAGCUAUGAAGCCUUCGGGCACCACGCGCGCGGCAGAGUUGGCAUCAUGCAUUCGAGAGAAUUCUGACGCGCGCGCUGGUGCCCCGGCGUUCAUUACUGCAUAUCGAGUGCGGCCAGGAACCGAAGCGCUGGUCGAGCCACGACGCCGUAGGAGGAAGUGGUCUGGCACUGUGGCAGACAUGAGGGGGUACGCACACACACCCACCGUGCCCCUCAUGGACCGUGCCGGGAAAGCUGCAUAACUUCAGGGUUAGGUUGCGCUUUUUGCGGCUGUCGAGUUUAGGGCAGUGUCAGAGCGGAGCGGGUGCCUCCCGUGCUCCGAAAGGUACAAGGCUGAGUCAUUGCUAGCCUUACUUGGUUGCGCUUUAUGGGUGUGAAGUACGUUGGGGCGCAGUUCGUAGAUGCCGUUAUGACGCCGCUACGGGUUUGUGUAUCCGGAUGAGGCGAUUCCCCCUUGCUUGGGGCGCCAUUGUUUGGGUGUUCACUGGCUCGAUACAAUUUGUUCUGUCUCGAGCUCUCUCGAAGAGCAGAUGGAAGUAUGAAGCUGAACAGACCACGAAGUGUCAUAAUGGAAGAGGAGGUGGAGUGAUGGCACCUAGUAACAUGUUCGGUAUGGCGGGAGGAGCGUCCUAUGGGAGCAAGCCUACUAGAGCUAGAGUAGGCCGACGGCGUUGCAGGCGGCACGCCCCUGGGGUCCAGAGCAGGGUGUUCGUUCUCCACGUCACUGGCUCGUGAACUGCGUCAGCAGGUCCCUCUUGUAACCAAUGCAAUCU